AUGGAAGUGAAGAAUCCGCGCCGAGUCUUAGCGGUCUCUCUCGCCGACUCGACGCAGCACUUGAGCAGAGUCAUUAAAGACCUCACGGGCAACCACCCAGAACCAGCAUCGACGACCCUCGCGGGCACAACGCACAUCCUCCCCAUCAAGACGAGCUACUACACCGCCGACGUCCCCAUCUGGCUGGACCUCAUCGCCUCCCCCGCGGAAUGGUCCGCCUCGUUCCUCUCGCCCGAGGCGAAGGAGGUGCUCACCGUGCUGGGCGGUCUGGUCGUCGUCUUUGCCCUGCCUUCUUCUUCUUCUUCUCCUCUGUCCCCAUCCUCGACGCCAGCACCAGCUCCCGCGACGACACCUGCGCCCGCUAUCCCGCUGAGCCCACCAUCGGUGGAAGAGACCCGCGCGCUCAUCACCGAGGUUGGCAGGAUCGUCCGUGAGGGGCUCGGCGGGUGGGGAUGGGACGGCGUCGGGUUGGGGAUCGGGGUUGGGGAUGGCCAGGCAGACGAGUGGGAGGACCUCUGCGCCGAGUGGGGUCUCGAGUUUGUGCAGGUUCGUGGUGGGAAGAAGGAUGACGGCCGGAACGAGUUUGGAGAGAAAAUGGGCAUAUCAAGAGUCCUCGAGGCACUAGAAUCCAACGACUGGGACGCCGCAGACGAUAUGGACAGCCCAUCGGACCUCGACUCAGACCCGGGCGCCGCCGCGGGAGGAGGAAGAGGUCUGUCUAGAAGACCUAGACCCCUGGCGAGCGGUGACGACGACGACGACGAUGACGAGUUUGACCUCGACGACCCCGAGAACCUAGAUUUCGGCUUUGAUCGAGCGGAUUUUGAAGGCUUGAAGAAGGCGAUUUGGAACCUCGACCAGGAGCCGGAAGACGAAGACGAUGAUGUGGUAGAAGAAGACGAAGCAGGCGCCACUACUACUACUACUACUACUGGUAGCAAAGCAGCGAGUAGCAGCAAAGGCGCUGCUACCAUAGAACGGGACGCGAAGAAGUCAGGGGAAGAGAAGGAGGAGCUGGACGCCGAGGACGUGGAGAAGAUUGAGCAGAUGAUGCGCAAGCUGCAGGCCGUGAGGGACCUCAGCGCGGGCUUGCCCGAGGACCAGAGGCGGAGGAUGGCUAAGAAGGCUGUCGGGGAGGUGAUGAAGGAGCUUUGA